AACUCUCUUUCUAACGGAGGUGGCAAUAACAAGAACCGACGACGGAGGACGGCUUUUUCUACACACCAACUGAUCGAACUGGAGCGUGAAUUUCAAGCUAAAAAGUACCUUAGCUUGACAGAGCGCUCCCAAAUCGCUCAUCAACUGCGCUUGUCAGAAGUGCAGAUCAAGAUAUGGUUUCAAAAUCGUCGAGCUAAAUGGAAACGAGUCAAAGCCGCUUUAGUUACUGGUGGAUCGUCCCGGAUGAAUGGCGGAGGCCAGCAUUCCAACAACCAGCAUCAUUCACAGUCGCUUUCGUACCAUCAACAAUUGCAUUCAGAUGGCAAUCCUCAUCACCCACCCCAGCAAAAAUUAGUGGUCCCCAUUCCCGUGCACGUCAAUCGAAUCGCACUCCGCUCGCAACAUCAACAGAUGGAGAAAAACCCUAGCGGAGCUGCCAUCAGUAGUAGCGCUGUCGCAAUUCAACGACAACGCCCAUCACCUGUGACAGAACUGAACCUAUCGUCAGCUUCACCAUUCCGCUCAUCUGGAUCAACCCUAUUUCGUUCACCGUCUCACUCCCGGUCGGUUUACCCGUCCGACCAAGGCUCCUCACCGACGGCCGGGGAUCCAUUAGUUUCUAAUUCAGUUUAGUAGAUUAUGUUUUUUUGAUUUUUUUUAAAUUUCUGUGUAUACCAUGAAAUACUCAUUUUUAAUCGUAACCGAUUUAUUUAUUAUCGCGGGAGUCAAAUUCGUGCCGUUUUUUUCUAUCCUGUUAACACACCGAUUUACCUUUUCUUUUAGCACCAUUGUUAAUAGAAAUACAUAUACUUUUACUCGUCAAUUGUGGCAAAUUUCGGUUUAUUUUUGAAGGAUAUACUGUAGAUAAUAAUCCAAUACAUGAUUCAUUUUGAAA